AUGCACAACGUCGAGUCCAUGGUCCGCCAGUCCGGGCCGGUGGACCUCGAAACCCCGUACGACACCAAAACCGUUGCUGGCAAGACCGUUCUCCUCACUGGCGGCGCCUCCGGCUUCGGUGCUGGCUUCGCCCGGCGAUGGGCUGCGCUUGGGGCAAACCUCAUGAUUGGCGACAUCUCAGAUACUGAUGGAGAGGCGCUCGUUGCCGAGCUGCGCCAGUCCACGGGCUCACCGCACCAUCACUACUUCCACUGUGAUGUGACAGACUGGUCGUCCCAGGUCAAGUUCUUCAAGGAGGCUGCGGAGAGAAGCCCGCACGGCGGCAUCGAUGUUGUCGUUGCCAAUGCUGGCGUCAAAGACACCGAUAAUCAUUUCGAUAAUCCCACACGAGACCUGAGCCAGCUGGACUGCAGGCCUCCAAAUCUUACCUGUAUCGAUGUCAACAUCACCGGUGUCGCUUACACCACCCACUUGGCCUUGUUCUGGCUGCCUCGAAGCUCAGGCAAGGACAAGCAGAUCAUGCUCCUGGGCUCGGUGGCCAGUUUGGUGCCGUUACCGCCUCAGAUACAGUACACCAUGAGCAAGCAUGCAGUUCUCGGUCUCUUCCGGACGCUUCGUGGGUUGGCAUGGCAGCAAAACAUUCGCGUCAAUCUGCUGUGCCCAUACUUCAUCAAAACUCCCAUCAUCCCGCCCAUGGCACGGAUACUCCUGGCUGGUGGCGGAAUGGGCGUGACCGAAUCGGUCGUCGAGGCAGCUACGCGCUUCUUGUCUGACGAGAGCAUCAUUGGCCGGGCACUCGUGGUUGGGCCCAGAGUCCGGAUCAAGGAAGAUGCCAAGAACGUGGAGGACGAGUUCGAGAUAGUGGGUGUGGUAGAUGAAGACGCCGCGAGCUCGGAAGCAAACGGCCCAAGUGGCUGUCGCGGCACGGCCGCGAAGGACAUCUGGGAAAUAUACGCACAUGACUAUGAGGCGUUGACGGAGAAUCUUGACCUUGAGAAAGCACUCAACAACUCGGGCUGA